CGCCAUAUUGGUUCCUCUGUAGCAGAUUUGCUGUGAGGUUUAGCAGAGAAAGCUCAGAAAUGCUCUCCAAAAUAGUCGGACAGAAGUACGUCUCCAUGGGUAAAGCCUGGAUUCCCACACUGGCUGUAUGGGGAGGUGUUGGAGGUGUUGCACUGGUCCACUUUACAGACUGGCGAUUGAUCCUGGAUUAUGUGCCCUACAUCAACGGCAAAUUCAAGAAAAACGAUUAGAUUAGUGUGAACUCGAUCCAACAUACUGGGAAUGGUUUGGGGAUAAUUGAGAUGGUUGUCACAGUCAAUGUUACCUGAAGAGACAUGACCACAGCUCUGCUGCAUAAAAUGGACUAGUGAAUCAUCGUGUCAUCUACUGUUUCAGUGCUAAUUUUAUAUUUAUUUUUAAUUCGGAAUUUAAAACCAAGCUGUUUCCCAUGUGAUGAUUAAUUCCAAUCCACCAUGAAUUACUACAGACAUGUCGGUGUGAAUUGUUAAUGGGUUUGUUUCUUGCCGAAAAGGUGCAAUUCCUUCAGUGAAUGGAGUAUUUACUUUGUUCUGGAUUUGUUUUUGUUUAACUGCCCACCACCAUGUCACCUGCUUGCUUGCAGGUUGACUGAUGGUGCUUGUUAAUAAACUUAAAGAACAAAA